GCGAAGCAAAGCACCCGCAACGCGCGGCCGCCGCACCACCUCGUGGCCCCGAUGGAAGCCGCACCACCCACCCCACCCGCGCACGCGCAUGCAAUGCAUGACGAUCGACGCCCCGACGCCCACCGCCGCGAGCACCGCCCAUGGCCGGCUUCCUCCAGCGCCACGUCCUCCCGCCCUUCCGCCGCCCGCCGCUCCCCUUCUUCCGCCACGGCGCCUCCUCCUCCAACCAGCCCCCGGGCCGCCGGCCAUGGACGCCCAGCCGCAUCCUCGACCCCGGGGACGACGUCGUCCUUAACUGGAACCGCCUCUUCCUCGUCACCUGCAUGGUCGGCCUCUUCGUCGACCCCAUGUACUUCUACCUCCUCUACGCCAAGACGCAGGCGUGCGUCAAGAUGAACAUGGGCAUCGGCGUCGCCGUCACCGCCAUGCGCACCGUCGCCGACCUCUUCUACCUCGCGCACAUGAUCCUCAAGUUCCGCACCGCCUUCGUCGCGCCCAGCUCGCGCGUCUUCGGGCGCGGCGAGCUCGUCAGGGACCCCGACCAGAUCGCCAUCCGGUACCUCAAGAACGACUUCAUCAUCGAUCUCGCCGCCAUGCUCCCGAUUCCCCAGAUCAUUAUCUGGUUUGUGAUACCAGCUGUGAGCACCACCUCAGCAAACCACACCAACAACACGCUCUCGAUGAUCGUGCUGAUCCAGUACAUACCCAGAGUGUUCCUCAUCAUAUCCCUCAACUCCAAGAUCGUCAAGUCCAGUGGAGUGGUCACAAGAACUGCCUGGGCAGGGGCCGCCUACAACCUGCUUCUCUACACGCUGGCCAGCCAUGUUCUGGGAGCCCUGUGGUACCUGCUGUCCAUAGAGAGGCAGUACACCUGCUGGGUGGACCAAUGCACAAGCGAUAAUGGCACUGACCCCAGGGUGCCCAUAUGUGACAUGAGCUAUCUGGACUGCAAAUCGCUCGAGGAUCCUGUUCGGAUGAAGUGGCACGCGGCUAGCAACAUCACUAAGCAGUGCGGACUUCCCGGGGCGAGAUUUGAGUACGGGUUGUUCGAGGAUGCUCUGAAGCUUGAUAUCGUCGAUGCGUCCUUCUUCGAGAAGUAUCUCUACUGCCUCUGGUGGGGUUUCCGGAACCUGAGUUCUUAUGGACAGAACUUGCAGAACAGCACCUACGCAGGGGAGACUAUAUUCUGCAUCCUGAUCUGCAUCAUGGGCCUUGUUUUCUUCUCACAUCUCAUUGGAAACAUGCAGACGUACUUGCAGUCGAUGACGGUGAGGCUGGAGGAGUGGCGGGUGAAGCGGCGCGACAUCGAGGAGUGGAUGCGUCACCGGCAGCUUCCCCUGGAGCUCCAGGAGCGCGUCCGGAGGUUCUUCCAGUACAAGUGGCUGGCCACCAGGGGCGUCGACGAGGAAUCCAUCCUCCAGUCGCUGCCCCUCGACCUCCGCCGCGAGAUCCAGCGCCACCUCUGCCUCGCCCUCGUCCGGCGGGUGCCCUUCUUCUCGCAGAUGGACGAGCAGCUGCUGGACGCCAUCUGCGAGCGGCUGGUGUCGUCGCUGAGCACCAAGGACGCGUACAUCGUGCGGGAGGGCGACCCCGUGAGCGAGAUGCUCUUCAUCAUCCGUGGCGAGCUGGAGAGCUCGACGACGGACGGCGGCCGGACCAACUUCUUCAGCUCCAUCACGCUCCGGCCGGGGGACUUCUGCGGCGAGGAGCUGCUGACGUGGGCGCUGAUGCCCAACCCGAGCCUCAACUUCCCGCAGUCCACGCGCACGGUGCGGUCGGUGACGGAGGUGGAGGCGUUCGCGCUGCGCGCCGAGGACCUCAAGUACGUGGCCAACCAGUUCAAGCGCCUCCACAGCAAGCGGCUGCAGCACGCGUUCCGGUACUACUCCCACCAGUGGCGGAGCUGGGGCGCGUGCUUCGUGCAGGGCGCCUGGAGGCGGUACAAGAAGAGGAAGCUCGCCAGGGAGCUCAUGAAGCAGGAGGGGCUCCUCUACGACGGUCAGGGCGACGCCGGCGACGACGACGGGCAGGGCGGGGCCGGCGCCAUCGCCGGCGCCGACGCCAGCACGCCGCUGCUCGGCGAGUACAAGGGCGGCUCUGGCGCGGCGGCGUCGUCGUCCGCGGAGGGCGGCGACGGCGGCGGCACGCACCUGGGCGCCACGUUCCUGGCAUCCAAGUUCGCCAAGAACACCAAGAAGGGCGCGCACCAGAAGAGCAUGUCGCAGCGGAUCGACGACGUGUCCACCAUGAAGUUCCCCAAGCUGGCCAAGCCGGACGAGCCGGAUUUCUCUUUGCACUCCGAGGACACGCUGUAAAAAGGAACACCGAACACGAUACGUACACUGCGUGCAGCCGAAACCACUACCGUUUCUUCUCUUGUUCGGUUGUUCCUCCUCCUCUUCCUUUGUUGGGUCACUAAACGCUGGUCAGGAUCAUGAAAGGGCUGCUGCGUAGAUAGAUGGAGCUGGAGUCGCAUGUUGUACUGUACACUAGUGCUGAUUUAGUAAAGUUGAUCUUACUU